CUUAUGGGCCUUGGUCAAAUAGCACUCUAUUCCAGUCAGUCAGUGGUGGGAAGCUCCAGUCCCAGGGGAGUUCAGUCAGUCAGUGUUGGGAAGCUCCAGUCCAGGGGAGUUCAGUCAAUGGUGGGAAGCUCCAGUCCCAGGGGAGUUCAGUCAGUCAGUGUUGGGAAGCUCCAGUCCCAGAGGAGUUCAGUCAGUCAGUGGUGGGAAGCUCCAGUCCCAGGGGAGUUCAGUCAGUCAGUGUUGGGAAGCUCCAGUCCAGGGGAGUUCAAUCAGUCAGUGUUGGGAAGCUCCAGUCCCAGAGGAUUUCAGUCAGUUAGUGGUGGGAAGCUCCAGUCCCAGGGUUAAAGGUACAGUAGCCUGCGUCAGCUGAGUACGUAGCGUAUAGCGUAAUGAACUAGGGAAUGGAUUGCCCUCUUCCUCUCUCCCCUCUUCUCUUCUCUUUUUAAGCUCAAAGUCCAGCACAGCCUACUGUACAGUAACUGUAGCUUCCUGCCCACAGACCCAGCCUCCAGCCUGUCGCCUGACAAACACCUCAUUCUCAACACAGAUCAUGUGCCUCAGUGUUCAGCCACUGGCUCUCCUCUCCCUGCUGCAGGAAGUCGAGCGUGUUAUUCUUUAUACCCCCUCCUCCACCUCUCCUCUUCUCCUCCAUUCUUUUCUUUCCUCUUAGAGCCUGACAUCCCCAUUCACUCACACCAUUUCUCUCUGCGCAAUCGCUCUCUCUGCCUCCUGCUCUGUCAGGCCAAAGAGAGAGAGAGAGAGAGCUGUGUCUGUGUUGUCGUGCUGUAGCCCAGGCUGAGAGAGAGAGAGAGAGAGCUGUGUCUGUGUUGUCGUGCUGUAGCCCAGGCUGAGAGAGAGAGAGAGAGACAGAGGACGCUCGUGAGAGGAGGAACAGUCACUACAGUGCACCGAAGGAGAGCAAGAGGAGGAAGAAAGAAGAGAAGGAAAGGAGAGGCCCCCACUGUGGCUAGGAGAUCCAGGGGCAGCCAGGUGAGAUCCAGCCAAGGAAAGGAGAGGCCCCCACUGUGGCUGGGAGAUCCAGGGGCAGCCAGGUGAGAACCAGCCAGGGAGAGAAGAAGAGGCCCCCACUGUGGCUAGAAGAUCCAGGGGCAGCCAGGUGAGAUCCAGCCAAGGAAAGGAGAGGCCCCCACUGUGGCUAGGAGAUCCAGGGGCAGCCAGGUGAGAACCAGCCAGGGAGAGAAGAAGAGGCCCCCACUGUGGCUAGGAGAUCCAGGGGCAGCCAGGUGAGAACCAGCCAGGGAGAGAAGAAGAGGCCCCCACUGUACCUACGAGAUCGUGUGGCAGCCAGUGAGAUCCAGCCAGGUAGAGAAGGAGAGGCCACCACUGUGCCUAGGAGAUCCAGGGAAAAGCCUGCUAAAACCAGCCAGACCAGGCGGUCAUGGAGGCCCAGGUGAGGGAUCUAUCCCUCCUGUCUCCCCUGGGUACCAACGAGUCCCUCCCUCCCCCCACCCUGACCCCGGCCGUACCCCCUUACGUGAAGCUAGGUCUCACUGUGGUCUACACUGUCUUCUACUCCCUGCUAUUCCUCUUCAUCUAUCUACAGCUGUGGAUGGUGCUGCGCUACAAACACAAGCGGUGCAGCUACCAGACAGUGUUUCUCUUCCUGUGUCUGCUGUGGGCUGCGUUGAGGGCCGUCCUCUUCUCCUUCUACUUCAGAAACUUUGUGACAGCCAACACACUGGGACCAUUCCCCUUCUGGCUGCUCUACUGCUGCCCUGUCUGCCUCCAGUUUUUCACCCUUAGCCUCAUGAACCUCUAUUUCGUACAGCACAUGUGCUAA